AUGCUCUCUAAAAACCUUCUUCGAACUUUUAUAACUCGCCGAAAUUUCCAAAAAUCCAUUCGACAGCCCGUUCUCUCCUCAAGUUUUUCACUGGAAAAAGAGUGGUCGGAUCGCCACGUGGCUCUUGGUAAACUCGGAUUGGGUGGAGACUAUGAAUGGAUCAGUGCUGUACAGAAGAAGUUUAUUGGUGGUGGAUAUGCAAGUGCAGUUGAUGUUGAUGCAGCUGUAUGUGUUGCUGAGCAGAAAGAUCAAGUAGAUGACGUCAUCGAACUACUGUAUAAGCUUCGGCAUAGUGUGAAAGCAGCAGAAAAGUUGGAAUCAAGUGAAUAUGCAAUUGUUCGACUGCUUCUCAAAUACCAACCGGAGACUAUUAUCACGUUGGCUAAUGACCCGAUCAACUAUGGCGUAUUUCUGAAUCAACAUCUUGCCUGCAUUGUCAUUGAUCAUUUUCUGAAGACGUCAAAUAUUCAAGCGGCCGCUCGUAUUGUUACAUGGAUGAUUCAACAAGAAGAACUUGAUAAUGAGCUUUUGAAUAUUCUUGGAUUAUAUGUUUGUGCAAAAUGGGUUGAAUUACCUGUUGAGCAACAGACGCUUGAUCUCGGAGGUGCAGAUGAUGAGGAAGAGGAUAUUAAUGAUGAUGAUAUUAGAACAUUCAAAUUCCCAUAUCUCAAAAAUGACAGCUUUGAUGAACACUUUGAUCUUUCAAAUCCUCAUCAUUUAAUCGGAAAGUCUCUUCAAUGGCUGUCCCGGGACACGAAAUUUAUCGAUUCUCAACUGAAAUCCAGUUUAAAUGCUCUUGGAGCAGUGCUCUUUGAAAAACUCGCAGAAGCCAAUUCGACGAUUUCCACGGCGAUUCCGUGUGUUAAAUCAAUUGUGGCUGGGAAAUUGGCUGGGAAAGAGGAAGAAGCCGGUGUGAAAAACAUUUUGGAGUCUAUCGGAGAGGUUGAAGAGGCAAAGGAGAAACUCAGUGAUAUUAUUUUGGAACAUUUGAAGAAAAUUCAGGUCAGCGAAGAAGAUUCUCUCUGCGCCGUGCAAACGAAGCUCUUCGGGGAAUGGAAUGAACGUCGUCAGGCUUUGGCGAAAUCUCAAGCUCAAAAAGUGUUGCUCCGAUUACGUCAAGAUGAGAUUCGUGGAGAGCUGAAACAGUUGGACGAGCAAGAAGAACAAAUGAGCUUUUUCAAGAAUCGAUUAAUCUGGGAGAAACGGGCCGCCGAAAAUACACAAAUCGAUGAAGAAUCUAAACAGAGACAUAAGAAGAAAGAAUCUACUGUUUAAAUAUGCAAUUUUUGUGAAAAAUUAUGAAUUUCAGAGUGUUUUAGUAUAGUUUUUUUCUUCGUUGCUCUAUUGUUUCUUUCUCGUUGUUUUCUAGUUUUUUCAUAAAAUAUUGAAAAAUU